AUGGGGGGGCCUGGUGCAGGCACGGGGGCAGGGCUGGGGGCAGGCACGGGGGCGGGGCUAGGAGCAGGCACGGGGACGGGGCUGGGAGCAGGCACGGGGACGGGGCUGGGAGCAGGCACGGGGACGGGGCUGGGAGCAGGCACGGGGACGGGGCUGGGAGCAGGCACGGGGGCGGGGCUGGGAGCAGGCACGGGGGCAGGGCUGGGAGCAGGCACGGGGGCAGGGCUGGGAGCAGGCACGGGGGCAGGGCUGGGAGCAGGCACGGGGGCAGGGCUAGGGGCAGGCACGGGGGCGGGGCUGGGAGCAGGCACGGGGGCAGGGCUGGGAGCAGGCACGGGGGCAGGGCUGGGAGCAGGCACGGGGGCAGGGCUGGGAGCAAGCACAGGGGCAGGGCUGGGCGCUGAAACUGGCGCCUGA